AUGGUGCUCAAUAAGGAGACUCGCCAAAUCAAGUUUUCUAUUCAAAAGCCCAAACGGGCGCCCCUCAAGCGCAGCGGCCAGCCGGCGUCGUGCAAGAAGUGCGAGUACCAGCAGGCCGAGCGCAAGGUGCUUCUCAAAGAGUCUGCCGUGGCGGAGAUGCGCGACCACGCGGCCCAGCUCGCGGCCGAAAACAUGCGGCUGCGCGCGCUGCUCGACGACGCGGCACCGUGCAAGGGCCACAGUCUCGUCGACGCCGAGCUGCACAGCGCGCUUUUGCAAGAUAACCCGGCAGCCAUAACCAGCAUCGCCGUUGUCGUGUCCAAGAUCGGCCACAUCUGCAACGUCGCCGUUGGCGCCGCAGAUGCACAGGUGUUUCUGCCCUUCUACAACGACGCCGUCGCCGCCAUCGACGCGUUUGAAGCGUACACUGCCGGCUACUACUUCUUCAACGGCGGUGCGCUCAAACAAAAGCUGUACGAGUUAUACGACGCCGACGAGAUCGAGAGCCUGGCCUCGCACACCACCGCGCUUGCAAUUUGCCAGCUCGAGCUCGUCCUCGCCCUCUCCGAGCUAUUCCAAAACCCCAAAUCGUGCACCGCUCCAGUUCGGUUGUCUGGGCUGCUUCUGGCUUCGGGAACAGUCCAAAAUGCCGCAGAUACCGACGGCCUCGAGACUCUGCUGCUGUACAGCUACUUCCUCCUCCAGACGCGCGGUCUCGACGCCGCUGGUUAUAUUUCGCAAGCCGCGCGUCUCGCCCUCACGCAUCAGUACCACUGUGACGCCGAACAGGACCACUCUGCUGCCACAGAGCACCGCCACCGGCUGCUCUGGACAAUAUACGUCCAGGAACGCGUCAUUGCCGCGGCCCACGGCUCGCCAGUGCUCCUGUGCGACCACGUGCUCCGAUGCGAGCUGCCCGGCACUGCCCGUUUCGAACACCAGCACCCGUUCGUGUUCCCAGACCCAGAACCGCAGCUCGAGCUGGUCGCCGUAACCAAGCUCAACAGCACUGUCUUACGUAAGCUGCACCCGGGACCCGCCAGCUGUGUAACCACGGUGCGCGAGAUGGUGGUGGGUCUGCUGCGGUGGAAGCGCGCCGUGCACGAGAGUGUCGACUGCGACUACAGUCUCAAGGAGGUGCACAAUUCGCGCGCCACGGCAAAUAUCAUGCUGGAGUACUUCCAGGGCCUCAAUCUCGCCGUGCGCCCGCUGCUGCUCGAGCUUUCCGUCGCACAGCGCGGCCGUGGCUUUAUUAGCCUGCACGACUGCCCGAGCACACAGCUUUCUCUGCUCAAUGCGUCGUUCCAGGCCUCCAUGAACACCGUGCGGUGUCUCUGGAGCCUCUGGGAGAGCGGCCAAUUCGUGCAGGGCGGCCGCUCCGACUUGGAGUAUCUGUAUGGCGCCGUGGCGACGCUCGUGCUGUUCAAUGUGACGUUCGGCGUGCAUGAGACCACGCGGUUCCACAUCGACCACGCGCUCGCCGUGAUGCACGGCCUGGCGCAGUGCGACGGCGCGCGGCUCGGCCGGCUGUUUCUGGCGCAGACGCUUGCGCUGCUGGAGGCUCUGGACGGCAGCGAGCGCCCGCUGCUGGAGCGGUACCGCACAGACAGCCCGCCAGCAAAGCACAGGGGCUUCGAGGCCAACGUCUCGGUGGACGAGAUGCUGUCUGCUCUGUUGGUCACGUGA